AAAAAACUCAAGUCAAAUCCCUUGUUUCACAGGGUCACAUUUCGGUGUAACACAGGAAACAGCACGGAUGUGAUUUGAUGGGGCACAAGGCUCUCUUCCGGCCUCUUUUCCCUUAGCCACCGGACGAAAAUGACCAAGGGAACAUCAUCUUUCGGUAAGCGCCGGAACAAGACGCACACCCUGUGCCGUCGUUGCGGGUCCAAGGCCUACCACCUGCAGAAGUCCUCCUGUGGCAAGUGCGGCUACCCCGAGAAGCGCAAGAGAAAGUACAACUGGAGCGCCAAGGCCAAGAGGAGGAACACCACUGGUACCGGCCGUCUGAGACACAUGAAGGUCGUCUACCGCAGAUUCAGGAAUGGUUUCCGGGAAGGCACCACCCCCAAGCCCAGACGUGCUGCAGUGGCCGCCUCCAGCUCAUCCUAAAAGACACAUUUUUGGUUAAAUAAAUGUGAUGUUAAACAGGAA